UGAACAUUGUGCGAACGUUCGAUUGGGCCGUUGGAGUCAGUCCGUCGAGUCUGUCGGCAUUUUUGACCUUGGCGUGUCCAUCCCAUGUCCUGGAAAACCGCCACCGCCGCCGCCACUGCGUCAACGUCUCGCAAGUCGGCGGCCGCUUCGUCCUCUGGUGCUGUGUCCUCAGUCAUCACGGCGCGGUCCCAACAGGACCGGUUCCACCUUGCCACCAUCGACCACCACGACCACAACAUCCACCUGCGGCAGGUGGGUCUAUCGAUCGGGAACCGGGAGUUGCUUGUGGACGCCGAGCUCAAACUCGAGUCUGGCGUGCACUACGGCCUCGUGGGGCGCAACGGCACGGGCAAAUCCACCUUGUUGCAGGCGCUGGGCGACGGGUUGUUUGAAGGCAUUUCGUCCCACGUGCACGUGAUGUACGUGCACCAGCUGUUUCACGUGGACAUGGACAGUCCCGAGCGACUGUCGGUGGUGGACGUGCUUCUGUGUGGCGACAAACAGCGCCUCAGUCGGCAACACAUGAUGGACCUGCUCGAGGCGGGCUUGGAGUCUCAAACGGUGCACCAGACGCUCAAGCAGCUGGACUACGAAGCCAUCGACGCGGCGAGGGCCAAGAUGGAGCGCGUGGCCAUCAAGCGAAGCGGCCUGCGGGGGCUCACGGCGCGCAACAAGCUACUGGCCCUGGAGCACCAACUGGUCGAGGCCAAAGCCUUGUGGGACGACGCGGUGCAGCAACGGACGUCUUCUGGUGUCGACUCGGACGAGGAUAUUGUGGCCGCCAACAACUGGCUCGAGUCGCUAUAUGCCCAAGAUGACUUGUCCAGCGAGGCGCGGGCGCGGGAAAUUCUUGUGGACAUUGGUCUGCCAGUGGACCAGCACGACCGGCCGUUCCAUGAGCUGUCUGGGGGCUGGAAAAUGCGUGUAUUUCUGGCCCAAAUUGAGUUUCUACAGCCGGACUUGCUCUUGCUGGACGAGCCAACCAACCAUUUGGACCUACCGCGCAUCCAGUGGGUAAUGCAUUUCAUCCAGACGCGACUCCAAGACUUGACCAUUGUCACGGUAAGCCACGACCGGGCGUUCUUGAAUGCUGUGGCAGACAUGAUGAUUGUCAUGAAGACCAACAAAACACUCGGGUACUUUGCUGGAAACUACGAUACGUUUGAGCAAACCGUACAAGACAAAGAAGUGUUCAACGCCCGACUGGAAGCCAAAUUGACUGCCAAGACGGAAAAAAUGGAGAAACAAGUCGCUCAAAUGUCCGUCCAGGGCCGCAAAGCCGGCGACGACAAAAAGAUGGCGGCGGCAGCGUCCAAGAAGAAGAAGAUUGAAAACGUCGGCAACCAAAAGAAUGCUAAAGGACACCGACUCCGAGUUAACAAAGACCGGGUCGGCCACUUCUUUACAAAUCGAGACCGGUCCCAAGACCAGUUCAUCGACUUGCAUGUCGUGGAGCCGUGGAGCUUUCCCCCCACGCCCGACGUCCCCACGCACUCUGUGCUCAGCGUCGAGAAACUCAACUUUAGCUACUCGCCAGCAGCCAAGCCAUUGCUAAGCAACGUGUCGUUCAAUAUCCACAAGGGCCAGCGCGUGGUGUUACUCGGGUGCAACGGCACGGGCAAGUCGACGCUGAUCAAGCUGCUGUGCCGGACCAUCCCAGCAAACCCGACGCCCGACUGCAUCAAAUCGCCGCCGCUGGUGCAAAUUCGAGCGCUGACGCAGGAUAUCGUCGAGACUUUGCACUACGAGCCCAAGACACCGCUGCAGAUGCUGGGUGCCGACACGGAAGAAGCCGGCCGAAAGCACCUGGCGCGGUUCGGCUUGCGUGGGGCGGUGGUGAGUGCCGCGCCAUGCAGUACGUUGUCUGGGGGGCAGGCCAUGCGCGUGGCCCUGGGAUUGCUGACGUACCCCACGUGUCCGCAGCUGAUGAUCCUGGACGAACCGACCAACCACCUCGACAUGAGCAGCAUCGACGCCCUGCUGGACGCACUUCGAAGUUUCAACGGCGCCGUGCUUUUGAUCUCCCAUGACGAGCACUUUCUGCAUGCAUUUCACCCGGACGCUGUUCUGUGGCUCACCAAGCGCGGCGAAGUCAAGCCGCUGAAUGAUGUCGACGAUUUUCUCAACAAGUACCGCGACUGGUGAAUGGGACUAGUUACCAGUCUACGAGUCGACAAGGGUCGGUCGGUCAGGAUGUUGCUGUGUAAAGUCGUGAUAUUGACGGAUUUUUUGCAUUAUAAUUAGAGUUACCUUGUCCUUCUAGUCUGAUAUUGGGUUGCUAAGAACUGUAGUUAUCGAAGUAUCUCUUGCACUGAUAAUACUCUACAUCAGUAGUAACGUUGUUAUUCAUAACUCUUGCAUCUCCACCACGGGUUUGGGAAGUCUAGUGCUUGUUUUCGGGCUAACGUUAAUCGUAUUGUGCUUUUCAGUCCAAUUUGUUUGGGGGAUGGAUGAAAUCGCCGACUAAUCGAGCAAAGGAGUAUGAUUGGCUACAAAGAACAAAAGUUGCAAUUUGAUUGGCUAAA